AUGAAACUUACCAAUGACAGCGCAGAGCUGCAUUGUGAGGUGAUAGGAAACCCCAUCCCUGAGGUGCAGUGGUGGUUUGUAGAGGGUGAGGAGGAGAACGAGAGCGUCACCCAGCUGUUCGACGGCGCACGCAGCGAGCGCGUCAGAAUCAAUGCCACAUACAUAGCACAUGCCACCAGCAGCAUCCACCUCUCCAGCCUCACCCUCGAGGACUCGGGCACGUACGAGUGCCGCGCCUCCAACGACCCCGACCGCAAUGAUCUGAAGAAGACUCCAAAAAUCAAGUGGAUCCGCUCGCAGGCUAACAUUAUUGUGAUCGAAAGCCCAUACAUCAGCACGGAUCCCUCUGUGGUUACCAACGAGACAUCCGCCGUUCUCAGCUGCAACCUGACGGAUGGUAGCCUCGCUAUAAAGGGCUCCCACUGGACACACAAUGGCAAGAUCAUUGAGGACUCAGAGGGCCCUGCUUCCAAAGCUUAUACAACUUACCAUCUGAAAACGAUCUCCCAUCAGAACAGUGGAAAGUAUGAAUGUGUGUUUGACACGGAUCCUCCGGUGAAGACGACGAUUGAAGUCAAAACUCUUCCCCACGUUUCUGCCUACAAGCACUCUGAGCACGGCAAUGAGAACGACAAAGGUGUGAUGAUCUGUGUGGGUCAUGGCUACCCUCUACCCACUGACUGGAUUUGGUUCAAGGAGGAGAACGGUGCCAAAACUGCUCUUACCAACGGCACUGAUGAGAGGUUUGAGAUCAAGAGCACCCCUAACAAGACCACGCUGACCAUCCAUGAGCUGAGCAUGGAGAAGGACAUCGGCUACUACGAGUGCUCUGGGGUCAAUGACCUGGGGGCCCACUCUGACCGGAUCCACCUGCGCGUGCGCAGCCGCCUGGCUGCCCUCUGGCCCUUCCUGGGCAUCGUGGCUGAGGUCAUCAUCCUCGUGACCAUAAUCUUCAUCUACGAGAAGAGGAGAAAGCCUGAUGAGAUCACCGACGAUGACGACUCAGGAUCCGCUCCCCUGAAGAGCAAUUCCACUUCAAACCACAAAGACAAGAACGUGAGGCAAAGGAAUUCUAACUAGAAGCUAAAAAGAGAUUAUCGUCCAGAUUUCACUCCAGGACUCAGCUGUUGUGGCACAUUGUACUGUGCGCCCUGCAAUUUUAAGUACCUUUUUGUGCUUGGGUGUUUUUAAUGUUUUUAAGAAAAAUUCUUUCACCUCAUUUUUAUUUUUCUUCACUAUCCUUCUUCACAUAGUGCAGUCCCAGUUCAUCGUGUGGAAUAAUGCCUCCUGCCUGAGGCCGCGGGGCAAAUAUUGCAUGAGUUUGAGCGCUGUUCUAGCCAAGUGUGUUGUUGUGAAAUCUGUAGAGACGUACACGUGAGGAAUGCUUAGCUUGUGAUUAUCUUCUGUGGACGCUGACGCUUCCUGCACUGACUUCCGUUGUCACUCUUCGCUUCGUACUCUCCGCUCUGGAUCGGCGUCCCGUGAGCGGGCGCAGAUCCUCAGAGGAUCUGAGACCCCCCGCUGCCAUCUCGAUGCCAUUCUGAUAGGAAAGAGUGGAGUCUCCAUGCAUCAGCCACUGACCGCAUCCUAGCAGAGUUUUGUACUUUGCCUUAACAAACACCUUUUUUUUUUUUUUUAGUCUUUUUGCUUUUUCUUACCCAUUCUGACGUAUGACACUUUAAUUUAAACACCAUAAUGACUUAGAUUUAAUGUCUGCUAGGUUUUUUUCUCACUAAUGAAGAAGUUUUAAGUAGGAUUUUCUUUUUUUUUUUUUUUAUUGUUUUCGAAAACUAAACCAAAAGUUUAGUUGGUCAAUGUCCUUCACAUCCACACUCUAAAUUAAGGACCAAGAGAGAUAACUGUUGCUUCAAUGCAGCUUUAAUACCAUUAUGUCUGAAACUGCUGAAAAAUAUUGGAUCCAUCUUAAUUUUCUCCACCGAUUAUGAUCUGAAACGCUUGUUUGAACGGUUGUCUCUGUUCUCAUUACUCUGUAGAUAAUUCAGAAGCCAUAUGUUCCAUUUAACCUGAGUAGUGUUGUGAUUGGAUGUUACCAUUGCAGAGUUAAAGAAAUGUAAAGACCUGAACACAGUUGUGUGGGAUACUGUACCUUCCAUGAAUGUGGAGUUAACCAUCUCUUGUACGACUUGCACAAGCUGAAAUAAAGGUAUUGAACUUAACACGGUUUACUGAGUCUUUAC